AUGUUACAAAAGUGGAAAAGUGUUCUUACAAAUUGGAUAAAUUGUUAUUUCAAUGAUGAAGACAAAACAACAUUGUCAGUUACUUUAGAAACUUUGGUUGAAAUUAUAUCACAUUUGAGAGAGAAUUUUAACCUGGACGAAUCCAAGUCAUCUCUUCUAGAAGCACACACAAUUAACGACUUUAUAUCGGAAAAGUACCCGUACUUUAAAUUUGAAAAUGGAACAACAACGCCUAUGUGUGAACAAGAGGUGUACAUAGCUGCCUCUCUUUUACUCUAUUUUGUGUGUGUGAAUUCUAAAAAUGUGCACAUUAAAAGUGCUAUGUGUAAAAAACUUAGUGGCGAAGAUCAGGAGGUUAUCCUCAAAUUUAGCAAAUUCCUGAUGGCAUGUGCCCAGAUUUCAUGUGAUGAUGUUUUGGCAGCAAUUAGAGACUCGUGCAUGCAAGAAAUAUCGGGAAGUUCAGAGCAGUUCACAGUGUCUGAGACACCACCAGCAUUGCGUUCACUUCAUAGUGAAGUCCGGCGCUUGCAGGCUGCUUUGGAUGCGGAAAGAUUUGACAGGAACUUUCUACAAGAGGAGUUGAGUAGGACCAAUUUUAAACUUCAAAAAUUAUUGAAUGACAAAGAACAAUGCAAACUAGAGAUUUUAAACCUGAAAGCAAAAAUAUCCCUUUGCUGUGGUGAUAAUAAGGAAUCAAAGAUAUCGGAGCCAUCAGAAAAUAAUUCAGCCAAAUUAAAGAAGCAAUUGGAGGAAGCAGAAGAAAGGCUUGCUUCUGUUCAGGAGCAAAUGGAUGACUUGCAACAUGAACGAGAUGUAUUCAAGACUAAGUUGGAUGAGAUUAAACAACAGUAUGAUACAUUAUUGAAUUUAAAUCAACAAGAGAUCAUCCGCGCUACCCAGCUGGCUGAGGAGUUGGAAAUAGAGCGUCGACAGACUCAAUCUCUUCAAGAAUUAGUCUCUGAACUUCAGCAGCAUAACCGAUUGAAUGGUCUAGACACGAGCCAGUUAGAAUGUGAUGAUAUUUAUGUCAGUAUGAAUUCACCGCAAAAUAAUACAUCUGUUUGCAGUGAAGCCUGCGCUAAUGUAAUCGAAGUCCAGCUCAGUGAAGAAAGGGCGAAAAUUGUUGAUCUCCAACAACAAAUACAGAAUCUUGAAGGUCAGUUAAAUGAUUUAACUAAAAGGUAUGAAGAUGAAAAACAAAGCUUUACAAAUAUUGUAAUAAAAAAAGACAAUGAAAUACUAAGCCUAAAGAACAGGAUAGAUGAAGAAUUAGAAACCAAAAUUACAAUGAAAUUACACUUUGAUAAUGAAGUAAAUAAAUUGAGCAGUGAUUUCUCUGAAAUGGAACAAAAAUUAAAAGAGACAACCCAGUCAUCAAAACAAAUAAUUGAAUCAAAAAUGGACGAAAUUCAAACUCUGCAAGAAGAAAAGAUCUCACUUCUACAUAGUCUUAAUAAUGAAACAGCAAAACUGGAAAAUGUUAUAAAAAAUCUUCAAAGCGAUAUUGCAGUUGAGAAGGCUGCCAAAAUAAAAUUAAGUGAAGAGUUUGAUAAAAAAGUUAUGCUUCUGAAUGAUAAAGUACUCAAUAAAAAUAAUGAACUUUUUGAACUACAAGAUAAAAUUAUAAAGAAUGGUGAAGAAAUAGAAAAUUUACAAAGGCAGCUGAAAAAAGAAAAAGAAUUGAAAGAUGACCUCUCCAAUAAACAUAACAAUGAUAUUAUGAACUUAUCUCUACAAAAGACAGAACUAGAAAAAGAAUUACAUCAAAAAUCCAAACAACUAGUAGAAUUGGAGAUACAGUUGAAGCAAUAUGCAGACAUGAGUACCGAAUUGAAGAAAAAAGUAGACUAUUUGAAUAAUUGUUGCACUCAGUCACAAGAAGAGUGCAAGCUGUUGAAUGAAAACAAAGAAAGGUUGCUCAACGACAUUAAAAAUCGUGAUAUAAAAUUGGACAAGUCGGAAAAAGAGAUGGAAAAUCUGGAAAAAGGUUUUCACGAAAUGAGUGAAAAGUUGACAUGUAGCUUAAAUGAAUCUCAAGCUACGAUACAUACGCUCAAAAGUCAGUUACAAGAUGAAAUAGAAUAUAAACUAAGAUUGCAAAAAACUAUCAGCGAUAUGGAAAAAGUAUUAUUUGAAAAAGAUGAUACCAUUGCACAAACAUGUAAAGAAAAAGAAGACGUCAUACUGGCCUUAAAUGAGAAAAUAAACAAACUUUCUGGAGAUGUUGAAAAGAAGGACAUGGAUAUAAAAGAAUUUAAUGACAAUUUAUUAGCAAAAACAAAAAUGGUUGAUGAUUUACAAAAGGAUUUUAAUUCUGAGACAACCAAAUUGGCUACUAAGCUAUCUGAUAUGGAAAAAAUACUUAAAGAUUCUAAGGCUAAAUCAAGUACUACGAUUGAAAAUUUGGAACUAACAGUACAGAAGUUGAAUUUAGAAAUUGAAAAGUUAAUCGAUUUAAAUAAAGACAUACAGCAGAAGCUAGUUGUUGCUGAAAAUGAGAAAUCCCUUUUGGUUCAAAAACUUAGUGAAGAAAUAGUUCAAAGGAAUAAUAUCGAAAAGGAAUAUCUCCAAAAGUGCUCAGCCUUUAAUAAUACUACAUUACAAUACAAUGAAGAAAUUUUAAAAUAUAGAGACCAAAUAACCCACUUGAAGGAAAACUUACAAACAAUUGAAAAUGAACAUAUCAAGAAAUGUACCGACAAUAAAACUCUGGAAUGGAACAUAUCUCAAACAUUACAAAAUCAUAAAAAUAUACUUGUGAAAAAGGAUACUGAUUUACAAGAAUUAUUGAGUGAAGUAAAUGAAGUAAAAGCUUUAAAUGUCGACCUUCAAAAUCAACUGAAAACUCAUUUAGCAAAACAUGACCAAAGCAUAGAGGCAUUGAAAAGAGAACAUGAGCAGCUACGUAAAACAUUAGAACAAGAAAAUAGUAGACUCAGAGUAGCAAUGGAAGAGAAGAAUUGUAUAAUUAAAAAGUUAGAAAGCGACAUGGAAUCUUUAUUACAUCAGCUAGAAAAGGUAAAACUUGAUUAUGACGUUGACAAAGGUAAAUGGGAAAAGUCUAAAUGUAAUAUGGACGAUAUGAUUAAGAAAAAGGAUAUACAAAUUAAUGAGUAUAAUUUAAAGGUUAAUUUAUUAAAUGAGAAAAAUGCUGUUCUAACAAAACAAAAUAAUAACAAUGUAGAGAUUAUUCAAAACACAAAUAAGGAAAUUGAACAAUUAAGAAAAACCUGCGCGCAUCAUGCUCUUGGUAAUAGCGAAUUGGAAGGCAGUCUAGCUAUGGAAAAGGCUGUGAGAGAUUCUCUAGAGUCUGAGAAACAGAACUUACAAGAACAAAAUCGUAUUUUACUGCAAAAGACAUUUGAAGAUCAGGUGUCAUACAAAGUACUUGAAGCUGAGAGGGACGCUCUCCUCAAUGAAAAAACAAUAAUGAUUCAAGAACUCUUAGAAGAAAAAUCAGUUAGAAAAAUUAUUGAAGAAGAAAAGGAGACAGUAAUGUUAGAAAAAAAUCAUAUAGAGGUAGAACUAAACAGUCUGAACUGCUUCAAAAACACUUUAUUGCAAGAAAAAGAAUGUCUUACUCAGCAACUUGUUGAAGAAGGAUUAAACAAAAAAAUUUUAGAAGAUGAAAAAUUUAAAAUAGCUGAUAUCAAAGCCGAAUUAGAUGAGAAAUUAGCCACUGAAAUUCUCAACAGAAUGCACGUUGAGAAACAACUUAACUCAUCGGCGAUAGUCAAUGAAAAUCUUUCUGAGGAAAUAUCUAAGCUCAAAACCAUGAUCAAUGCAUUAGAGAAUGAAAAAUUAAAACUUUAUCAACAGGUUGAAAGUUUUAUUUUACAAAAAGAGGAUUCACUUGUACAAAUCAACCAAUUGAAUAGGGAUGUGCAAGAAUUAACUGAUCUUAAAAAUAAAAUUAAUAGUGAAAAAUCAGAAGUUUGCCAAGAGAAAGAUUCGCUCAUAAAAAUAACCAACGAUUUAAGAUUAGAACUAGAGCAAAUAACAGCAGAAAAGAAAAACCUUAACCAGAAAUGUGAAGAGCUCAUGCAAAAGUAUUCCAUAGAUCUUAAUAACUCUGAAGAACAAAUACAAAAUAUAACAUCGGAAUACAAUGUUUUGAAAUCAGAUUAUAAAAACUUACAAGGUGAAAAUGAAAUUAUUACUUCAAUUAUGGCCAAUGUCUUUGAUAAUAUUAUAGCCAAAAUAAAGUAUACAAAUCAUGCACAUUUACUAGAAAAUGUAUUAAUAUCGAAUUUAGAAACUGCAGAGAAAUUUAGAAGUAUCACAGAGAUAGUUAGUUGUAUAAUUGAAGAUCUCUCGUCUUCGAAAAACAUGGAAAAAUACAUGGAGCAAAAGAUUGCUGAAUUAAAAAACACAGAAAAAGAAAAUCAACUUCUAAUUUCAAAACUCCAAGACGAUUUACAAAAUCUACAUACAAUUGUCGAAGAAUAUAAGAAUAAACUUAUACAGGAAGAUCAAGCCUUGGAAUCUAAAGCAUCGGAUAUUCGUAAAUUACAAACUCAAAAUGACACGCUUCACAAUGAAUUGACUACAAUUAAAGUACAAUUAGAUGAAAAAGUCCACUCUCUUAAAGACAAAUUAAUAGACAAUGAGAACCUAACUGAUAAAUUAAAGGAAACCUACGAAUGCCAAAUAGACAAUUUAAAUAUGAUGGUUACGAAAUUGACAACUUACUUAAAAGACAAAACUACGGAGCUAGACUCGGUCGGUCUAGAAAGGGAUAAAUUACAAGCAAGUCUUGAACAGAAUAUUAAAGACAUAAAGUCUUUCGAAGAUGAAAUAAAGUCUCAUAAACAAAUACACGAAAAGUUAAUAAGCGAAUUUGAUUCGGAAAGACAAGUUCUCAAAAAUAUGGUGACGGUUACAGAAUCCGUUAUGGAUGAUCAAAAAGCCAGUCUUAAUAAAGUUAUUUCUGGUUACAUUAAAACAAUUGAUACUUUGCAAGAGGAAAUAACAGCAUUGAAAGACCUAGUUGAUGCUGAGAAAAACAAUUCUCUUACUAAAUUGAAAGAAAAGGAAAAUGCUUUUGAAGCUCUUUUCCAGGAUUUGAAUGUGCUUCGAAGGGAAAAAGAAAGUCUGGAAAAUAGAUUGCAAUCAGAAAUGGCUACUUCUCAUAAUACAGUGACGCAACUAACUGUAGAUAAAGGAACUUUAUUAUCAUCAUUGGAUAAAUGCAAAAAAGAUAUUGCUUGCAAGGAUGAAGCUUACCAAGAAUUGAAGAUCAAGUUAGACCAAAUUGUUAAAGAACGUGACACAUUAAACGAAGAAAUUAACGAAUUUAAAAUUAAUAAUUGUUUACUGCAAGAGAAAUUACAAAGCGAUACAGAAUUAAUAAACAAAGUCCCGGCUCUAGAAAAAGAAAACACAACUUUACUAAUGGAAAAGAUAGAAUUGAUAAAACAAAUAAAUGCGUUGAACGUAAAAGUAGAAGAAAAUAUAGUUAAUUCCAAGAACAUAACAAAGUUAGAAAAAAUUAAGGUAGAUUUGGAGGAAACUGUUAAUAAACAAGCAUCAGAGCUAAGCAACAUGAAAUCCCAAUUAGAAUGCGUAGUGAACGAAAAUAAGAAACAGCAAAAUGCCUUUGACUCUGAAAAACUAAAUUUAACAAACAAAUGUAGCCUUUUACAAGAGUAUCAGGAGAAAGCGACGAAGGAAUUGGAUGAGAGACAGAAAGAGAUAGAUGUAUUAGAAAAGAAUAUAGAUAUGUUGAUUUGCGAAAGAGAUGAAGCCAUUUCGUCUUUGCGCAAUAGUGAUUCAGAAAUUGAGGAGCUUAACAAAAUUAUAAUUGAAGAGAGAAAAGCAAAGGAGCAUUAUAUAAAUGAAAUGGCAAAGUUAAAAUUAGAUGUGAGCGACUUGAGACAACGCCUGGACGAGGCGAAACAGGAUCUGGAAGUGAUUAAUGUUCUCAGGAAGGAAAAUGAAGAGUUAUACCAAUUGGUGGGCGAAAGGGAGACAUUUUCAGCAUCCAGUCAUGAUAAAUCAUCACAAAGAUAUCAAAAUAAAGUUGAAAUGGAACUACGCCAACUGCAAAACCAGGUAGAUAACACUUCUACUGAUACUCACACAUCAACAGACAGUUUCAAAACAAUUUCAGAUUUAGAGAUGAUCCUGCAAGACAAGAACCGUGCCAUCACUUCCCUCCAAAGCGAUAUCACGUUCCUGAAAACCCUCGUAGGCGAAUCCGAGAAUAAAUUGCUCGAUGUCACAAAAGACUUGGAGCUCAGCAAGGAGAACUGCCAACAGCUCUCAAGCCAACUCAAAAAGAUAGUCCAUCAGAAGAACGAGGAAAUCGCUGAACUGAAGAAGCAGGUCACGAAGAUGAGCGCCACCGAGAACAGAGCGACGCAAAUAAUCAAACUAUCCGCCAGGUACCAGGCCAUGAUCCUGAAGCGGGUCGCAGAGCUUAAGACCAACACGAUUCUCAAGGAAUUGACGAACUUCGGUAAUUCUACGAACUGUGAUAACGACAUUAGAAGGAACCUUAACGCGGGAUCCGUUACCAUGGAGGACCUCGAGAACUUUUUGGAUACUACUGACAGGCAUCUUAAACGAUGCGCAGAGAGACAAAUCGCGUUGCAAAAAGAGAGGGACAGACUAUCAGAAGUUAAUAGGAUAACUGAAUCGGAAGUCAUUAACAUGAGAAAGUUCUUGACCGAACUAUCCGUUAGCGUGAAGACAUUUAAUUCCGUGAAAGAGCUGUACGGCCAAAAGCUUAGUCGUGUCGUAUCCCUACAACGAACAGUCAGGCGGGAGAUACUCAAUCUGGACGGCCAAAUCAACGACCCUACUAUGUGUAAACUGGAAAGAGGUUACGCAGCUGUAAUGCAGGAUUUAUCAGAAUGCGCAAUGAAUAUGGAGAGGUGGGUAGAGAGAUGCAUGGGAAGAACUAUUUCCUCUGAGAAGAUAAAGCAGGCGUUCGCCAGCGAGCUGGACAGGGUUUCACUAGCCUCCUCGAGUUUCCAGAAUACGAGUCUUGAGGUUCAGCUGGAAGAGCUGGAGAGCUCUUUCCAGAAACUUCUGGAAGAGGUGAACAGAGCUCGCAACGGCGAGGGAGUGAAAGACGCCCAAUCCGUGACAGUGCUGGAAGUUCGCGCGGAGUACGAAGAUAAGCUCAAUCGGAUGAAGGCUAAAAUGAAACAACUGUACCAAGAGCAAAUUUCACUGUUCAAAGAGAGACAAAAGGAUGAAAUAGCUAACUUGGAGCGGGAGCUCGAAGAGACGCGGAACAAGUUAGAGGAGUCUAGUCGAGCGUACGAGAAGCACAUACGUUCUCUAACGACGGAGCUGUGGAACGUCGGAGAGAAGUUCCUCAUGAAGAAGGACGAGGCUGAGUGGUUGAGGAAGACGCAGCGUUCCGGAUCACUAAUGUCUCUACAACAUGUGCAUUCGUCGGGUCUUGUAGUUCCACCAGAGGAGCCAUGCAGACCCUCCGAUUCGCACUCGCUUCGCUCACUACCUGUCACCAACAACACGAAAGAAACUCGUGGCGUUCACAUGUCUGACGAAGAAGGCGAAGUCUUCGACAACAGGUGGCUAAAGGAGCUGUCUUCGACACCUCGUCGGGAACGCGAAUCGAUUCCACCAGGACAGAGACUGUCCGAGUUACGUUGGAGGAAUUCGCUCUGCCCUCCCCACCUUAAGAGCUCCUACCCAGCCGAGACACAGUUCGCACCAGCUCUACACGAGGAGGACAUUAAGAUGAGCUCGAUGUCUCUCGGAGGUCGAGCUGUGCGCAAGGAAGUCGGUAUAACAGCAUACAAGAAGCCAGGCCCGCCUACGCCGAGCAAGCAAGCGGGACGACUCUCAGCAACAGAUUCUGAGUUGCGCGAAUCACUUCGUGUGGAAACGGAGCCGAGUGCAUCUCGCAAGACUAGCACGCCUUCGCGACUUCGUUCACUUUUCCGCAGUAACAAGAAUGAAACAGCCGAAGUAAGUACUAAUGCACUAAGUGUGAAUGAGAGUAAAGAGAAGUUACACGGCGGUGAGGCAAAGGGCGUACUCAUAUCUAAAUACUGA